UCCUUGCAGAGAGAAGCUUGCUCAGAGUGGUUACUGAAAACAGGAACCUGCCCUUCUGCAAGCCCUGUGCCUUCCUCGUUCCUAGCAGAGGAAGUAUGCGGCCAGUUUAGCAACUGCAGUUCUUCUGGGUAGCAUGGGCUGCUUCUCCACAACCGCGAGAGGCCCGGCUGCCUGUUUAUUCCGGAGCAGCAGCAGUUGACAGACGGAGAGGCAGUGACUCUGCGCCCAGCAAUCCCUCUGCAGACAGCUCCCACAGGAGUCAUGCCCAGUGUGUGAAGGCUCUGGGCAUCACCAGCGGCCCCAGGGAAAAAGAAAGAAAUGGGAAACAGCAUGAAAUCUGCCCCUGCGCCUGCCGAGAGGCCCCUGCCCAACCCAGAGGGACUGGAUAGUGACUUCCUUGCCGUGCUGAGUGACUACCCGUCUCCUGACAUCAGCCCCCCGAUAUUCCGCCGAGGGGAGAAACUGCGUGUGAUUUCUGAUGAAGGGGGUUGGUGGAAAGCUAUUUCUCUUAGCACUGGUCGAGAGAGUUACAUCCCUGGAAUAUGUGUGGCCAGAGUUUACCAUGGCUGGCUGUUUGAGGGCCUGGGCAGAGACAAGGCCGAGGAGCUGCUGCAGCUGCCAGACACAAAGGUCGGCUCCUUCAUGAUCAGAGAGAGUGAGACCAAGAAAGGGUUUUAUUCACUGUCGGUGAGACACAGGCAGGUAAAGCAUUACCGCAUUUUCCGUCUGCCCAACAACUGGUACUACAUUUCCCCGAGGCUCACCUUCCAGUGCCUGGAGGACCUGGUGAACCACUAUUCUGAGGUGGCUGAUGGCCUGUGCUGUGUGCUCACCACGCCCUGCCUGACACAAAGCACGGCUGCUCCAGCCGUGAGGGCCUCCAGCUCACCUGUCACCUUGCGUCAGAAGACUGUGGACUGGAGGAGAGUGUCCAGACUGCAGGAGGACCCCGAGGGAACAGAGAACCCGCUUGGGGUAGACGAGUCCCUUUUCAGCUAUGGCCUUCGAGAGAGCAUUGCCUCUUACCUGUCCCUGACCAGUGAGGACAACACCUCCUUUGAUCGAAAGAAGAAAAGCGUCUCCCUGAUGUACGGUGGCAGCAAGAGAAAGAGCUCAUUCUUCUCAUCACCACCUUACUUUGAGGACUAGCCAAGAACAGACACAAUGGUUCAUGCCCAAAAGGAACAGAAGUUCCAACUACUGCCUGGGAUCUUGCGAAAAGCGAGGUUCCCUAAUCCCCGGGAACCUCACGUAUUUUAGAAGCCAAGAUAAGCCACAUGGAGACUGAAAUUCGCAUCUUCUCUAUCCACAUCGUGACCAAAGGAAACCCUCCCUGGUGUCUGAUCAGGGCUGUGGCAUCACGAAACAUUGGAUCAUGACAUGUCGGGCAAUGCUUGGAAGAGCCCAGCAUGUACGUACACACACGUCAUGUGUGUGGGAAGGACAAAGCCACUCUCACAAGAAAGGGCACCAGGACUGCUCUCCAAGGAACUGGACCUGUCCAGACAGUUACACUCCGAGGUCAUUGGAGAGAAAUUCUGUAUGGGCAAGGCUAAGAGGGAGAGGAAGCAAAAGCUGUGUCCUGGCAGAAGGCCUGGGUUUGCAGAUGGGUGCCCUGAAUGGAACUACUUUAACUAAUACAUAGGGACUUCUGGUAUGCUUUCCUCUCUUUCUAAAGGAACUUCAUGACACUAAACAUUAGCCCAAAGGACCUCUUAGCCUCCAAUUGGGAGAUACCUUUGGCCUGCUCCUGCACCAAAGCCAUGUGGGUGGAGGUCAGAUGGCCUCCCUGAUUCUGCAGAGGGCCAGAAGAAUGAGAGAGAGGAAGGCUGCUGGCAGGGAAAUCGAGGAGGCAAGCCUAGAACUGCACCAGCUUCCCUGAUGUCUGAAGCCAUGGCUUUGCAGCGCAGACAGACCUUCUCUGGGAUGCUGGGAUUCUUGCCUGUGUGAAUGCAUCAAGUAUUCAUUUAUUGCCUGAAUAGGUAUUGCAUUAAGUCCUGUGUAAGGUGUCAGGCAGGCCAAAAAAAAAAAAAGAUGCAUAAGUCUUAACCCCCAACAGAGGUGUUCACAGUGUAGACAGGGAAAAAAAUGUAUAAACAAAUGUGUAAAAAGAGAAAUCAGCUCAUGGCUUAGGAUGGAAUUGGAGACAGGUGAGGGACACUCAGGAGCUCAUUUUCCAGCUGCUCUUCAGAGUGGAAGGGCUGGCUGGAUCAGGUAAGUAAGAAUAGCUGGAUUUUUUUAAAAAAAGAAAUGGAUACAGUCUAAAGAAUUAACUCACCCGGUACUUUAUUCUAAGAAGGGUCUGGCAUCCAUAUGAGGAAAAAUGCUGAGCUCCAGGAAAGAUGGGGAGUCCAAGUGGAUUAAUGAUGUCAUGCAUAAUUUUAAGAGACAAGGGAGAAAACACAAUGUAUAGCCAGAGAAGGAGAAGCUCCCAACCAAAUCCUGCUAGGAAGAGAGUGGGCUGCAGAUGAAUCUAUGACUCAUGUUUCCCUGUUUCAAAGGGAUCCUGGGGAAGGAGGGGAACAUGCUUGCAGUAUCUCUCCCUGUCUGUCUGCUCACAUAAGCAUUCCAUUCAUCUGAGCUCAUCGUGCUAGUGUUAUGUGUAUGUGCAGUUACACGAUUUUCUGUAUCAUAGAUUCUAGUGUGUUUAUACAAGGAGACAUCUGUGGUUUCCCCAACAAUUCCAAAAGGCUAUUUCAAAGGAACCAGCCAAUGUAUGAGAAAUGAAUGUAACACUGUGGACAUUGACUUCCUGCAUAAGGCAGGGUGACCCCCUGAACUCCAGAUGUCUGCACAGUAUCUUAUGUGUUGUUUUCCGUUGUGACGAAUGUGAUUGGAACGUUUGGGGAGCAUCCAGAGGGAUUUCUAAGUGGGAAGCAUUACACUUUGCUAAGUCAUGUAUUUAUUCCUGAUUAAAAUAAACCUAAUAAAUAUUUAACCCUUGGCACAUAGGGAGAGUUUCUGGGUUGAGGAGGAUGGGUGGUUCAUUCAGAAGCUCAGUGGGUUUCAAAUUUUCAAAUAAACGUGCAACUAGAGAGAGAGGAGCAAAGAUCACCCAGAGAAAUCUGGUGCCAGUUAGCAGCUCAGCAUCUUCUUUAGGUGCGGCCUUAAGAAAAAACCAGAUUGUAUGACUCUGGGGGGUAUCUUAUGAAACUUGAAGAAGGGCCUAAGGGAUUGAAGGAAAGACCAAAUUCUGAACGAUUGUUAUAAAAACAUCCCGCCUAGAUUUUCUGCACAUUACUUGUGAUAGCUGCGCUAUUCAUUCUUCCAAGAAUUUCUUUCUGCAGAUAUUUCUGGACACCUACUAAAUAGACACUGCUCAGGUACUGGGGCUAUAGCAAUGAAAACCAGAUGAGGUCUCUGAUAUCAUGGAGCUUGACAUCAUAAAUAAACAAGAUGCUUGGUAAUGAUGGUGAUGAGGAUGAGGGCAGGCUCCAAGCAGUCGCCUGGCAGGCAGGACAUCCUUCAGGUCCAGGCUUAGGAAAGGCCUCCAAGCAGAGGCAAUGUUUGGGCUGAGGCCUGAAAGAUGAGCGGCAAACAGCCAUGUAAAGAUCUAGGAAGUGUAUGGAGUCAGCAGGAAUAACGGGGCAAUUCCUGCAGGCAGGAGGAGCAAGACUGCAUGCUGAAGGAGCUAAAAGAAGGCAGGGUGGUCAGACUGAGGGAGCUAGGGAAGGAGGGAGUGUACUUAGGAAGUAUCAGGAAGGUCCUGCAGGGCCCUAGAGGGUAGGGGAUGGCAUAGGGUCCAUUCUAGGAGACAUGAGGAGCCAUUGAAAGGAUCCAAGUAGGGGGUAAGAUCAUUUCACUGAUAUGUUUAAAAGAUCAUGCUGUGUGGAGGACAAAUCUUUAAAAUUCCAGCAUUGUAUUGUCUAUUGACACACAAAGUUUGAA